AUGGCGGCAGCAGUAGCAGAAGGAGUGAGUCUCAACCAUAUUUCCAGGGAAUCCUCCGAUAUCAGGCGCCUCGCCAAUUUCUACAAAGAGAUAUUUGGGUUUGAGGAGAUAGAGAGCCCAAACUUGGAAUUCAAGGUGAUAUGGCUCAAGGGCCCUGGAGCUUUUGCCUUCCACCUCAUCGAGAGGAACCCAGAUUACAACCUUCCAGAAGGACCCUGGAGCGCCACGUCACCUGUAGCUGACCCAAGCCAUCUCCCCAGAGGCCACCAUGUCUGCUUCUCCGUCUCUAAUUUCCACUCCUUUGUCCAAACCCUCAAGGACAAGGGAAUUCAGACAUUUGAGAAGUCCUUACCUGAUGGUAAGAUCAAGCAAGUCUUUUUCUUUGAUCCCGAUGGAAGAGAAGAAUCUUUGUCAUUGCUCUCCUCUCAGUUUUUGAAUCAUACUUCAUUGUGCAGGCAAUGGAUUGGAGGUUGCAGGUCAAUGAACUCGACGCUGACAGAGAAGGCUGCUCAAAAUGGUCAAGUAGAUUCACAUGAAGCAGAAGAUCUGUAA